UAAACAUUUAGAGGUUUCUCAUGUCAGAGACCCAACUUCUCAUGCUCCUUUCUUCAGGGAAAUGUGGCAUUCAAGAUAUGCUGUUAAAGAGACGAUUGCGAUACUUAUCAUGUCUCAAACAUUCUCACCUCGAAACCGCAGCCUCCAUGGAAGAGAAAGCCAAAUAUUUUAACUUAGUCUCCCUAUCGCGAGCAGACUCUGAGACUUGAAGGUUUUGAGCUCUGUUGCUCUGAGAGAGAAUUGCCCACGUCUCCAUGUAAAUCGACCGCACUGCCUGUGCGUUCUUAUUUCAGAGACAUGCAUGGUUGCCACGGUUUUCUGAGCCGUUUUCUCCGAAGAAUUAACGCAGCCUAUCAUACACUGUGAAGCGGCAGAAGAGCGCAUACUGAGUGGCGUAUGUCCCCAUCGUGAGCGUGUUACGGUGGACGUGUGCUCGACCCUGAGCGGAGCGCCCCAGGUUCAAGUGCAGGCCACAGUGUAGCGAACAACGUUUAAGGUGGCGUCGGCGCGGAGCAGGCCCAGCAGCUGCUCGUCGGCGAGGCCUUCUCCCUCGCAGUGCCGGCUGGCGACGCGGUCCAGGACGAGCAGGCCUCGAGCAAGGAGACGGGCAGGAAGGCGCGCCGCGUCUCCGAGUGCGGAGUGUGCUGCAAAGAGUCGUCCUCUGCUGUGCAUCUCGAGACACGCAAGAGUCAACACUGCGGGUGGAAAACGGUGCAACUGUGAAGUGUGCUUGAAGGGGUUCUCGCGUUCCCACUACUAAAUAACUAGAACAAGCCUUACGUGUGUGACGUGUGGAAUGGACCACGAAGCGGAAACUGUCGUGAGAGGCGCUACGCGUCAUAUAAUUUAGACUUCUGACGAUGGCGGCUUCAGUUUCCUAAAAGCUGCUUGACCGGCUAGCCUGUGGAACUUGGUUCGUCCAUUCAAAUUAAGAUGCAAACAGUAACAUAUAUACUCCCAUUUAUUUUAGCAAGCGUUAUGUUUGUGCCGGCCGAAUGAGGUUUCUGUUGCAAAUCUUUACAUGGUUAUGUUGUUGAAAUUGUUGUGCAGCCCUGGUUACCUGUUCACCUAUCUGUGAUACCCUGGAUAAUGGGUCUUUGUUAACUGUCAUCACGUCCAGAUAUUUUGUUACUUACCUAUUAACGUUUGAGUGCACUAAUGGGACCACGUUAGCAUAAAGUCCAGUAAGAUAUUCAUAGAAACGCGAGUUACACCAAUAAAUUGGUUGAUAGCGCUAUUAAUGCACCCAAACGUCCGUUCGUUAUUACUGAAAUAAUUAGUACGAGUCUGAGAGUGUUCCAGGAGCCUCCUGGAAUACCUGGUGAGGUACCGCUUUUGUCGUGUUUUGUUGAAAGACUCAUUCACAUGUUCAAAGUACUCAUCCCGAGACCAGUCCCUAUGUUUGUUCGUGAAAGCUCACCAGUUACCAUCGUUGCUUGCCGGUAUUGUCUGUCUGUGCUGUUUUUACCACCUUGCGAAUGUGCCAAUACGAGCAUGUACAUGAAAGAUCUGAAAGCCGAGAGCAUCGACUUGCCGACGGAGAGUGCUGACUGCGACUGGAGCUCCGGACUGCAGCCGUCCCCGUGCGUGCAGUGCGCUGUGUGCGGCCCAGGCCAUGGCGGUCCGUGCCUGCCGCUGCACGGAGUGUUCGACCAGCUUGACGAGGAGGGAAGCAUGCCGGACUCCAAGGUCGCUGCAGGCGUCGGCGUGGAGCAGGCCCGGCAGCUGCUCGUCAGCGAGGCCUUCUCCCUCGCAGUGCCGGCUGGCGACGCGGUCCAGGACGAGCAGGCCUCGAGCAAGGAGACGGGCAGGAAGGCGCGCCGCGGAUUCAACUGUGGGGAGUGCGGCCAGCGUUUCCGGACUGAGAGCGGACUGCAGGACCACCUUGAGAGUCACACUGAGGGCGGACCUCACGCGUGCGGGGUGUGUGGCAAGGAGUUCUCCUGGAAGAGUCAUCUAGUGUCGCACACACGGAUGCACACUGGAGAGAAGCCUUUCAAGUGUGACGUUUGUGGAAAGGCAUUUUCUCAACCAUUUAAUUUGGUAACACACAAGAGGAUCCACACUGGAGAGAAGCCUUUCCAGUGUGACGUCUGCGGGAAGGCAUUUUCUCAAGCAACUAAUUUGGUAACACACAAGAGGAUCCACACUGGGGAGAAGCCUUUCGAGUGUGACGUGUGCGGAAAGGCAUUUUCUUAUUCAUCUGAUUUAGUGAAACACAAAAGGACCCACACUGGAGAGAAGCCCUACAAGUGUGACGUCUGCGGGAAGGCAUUUUCUGAUUCAUCUGCUGUAGUGGCACAUAGGAGGAUCCACACCGGUGAGAAGCCUUACAAGUGUGACGGCUGCGGGAAGGCAUUUUCCAAUUCAUCUGAUUUAGUGAAACACAAAAGGAUCCACACCGGGGAGAAGCCUUACAAGUGCGAGGUGUGCCGGAAGUGCUUUUCAAUUUCAUCAGGUUUAGCAAGGCACAAGAGGAUUCACGCUGGGCAGAAGCCGUAGGAAUGUGUUGCGUGAGGAAAGACCUUUUCUAUGUCAAAUAACGCGAAGUCACUCGAGGAGACCUACGGCAUGUGGACACUCGCGCGUGUGAAACGGCUCCCUCAAUAGAUCUUUGAUUCAAGCACUCGGUGUGAGACUCCUCUAUGUUAACAUGAUGUCCUCUUCGCUGUCGAUCUUUUUUUGUGUCAAUUAUUCCCGCACCGUCAAACUUUAUAGUGCCAGUAUCAGCACUACGCAUUGUUAAUGUUAAAAUUGGUUUUGCUUACUGUUAACAAUGAUUACACGUAAAAUAUUUUCUGUUUCUUCUUUGAAAGGGCGCAAUUUGUCUCUGUGUGUCAAAACUUUGCCAACUAUAGAUGUUGAUUUUAGAAAUGAUUAUCUCGUGACAAUCAACGAGACAAGUAAGACUGAUUACAAAUCUCGUGUUGAGUACCAUGUAGGUUGUUGAACCUUAUU